GCAAACUGGACCUCUUGUUGUCUGCGUCUCUUCGUUCUUCGCCUUCUGAAUUCCUUCCAAAUAACGAAAUCACCCCCAAAAAAAUUAGUAAAAUAAAAUAAAAUAAAUAAUAGGAGAAAAAACCCACAUGGCGUUGAAGUCCGCGAAGCUUUCCAGGUGCGACCCUUUGAACGAAUUGAGGGCCAAACUGAAUAGUUUCAGUUUCCAAAGGAAGACGAAGAAGAAGAAUAAGAGAUUGGAAAUCAUGGCACAGUCAUUGAAGUUGCAAGGCGUCGGCGAUGAAAUGCAGAAGCUUUUGGAUGCCAACAUGGACGAAGCUCCUGCUAGAAGGCGUGCUCGUGAGGCUUUCAAGGAUAUUCAGCUUGGGAUUGAUCAUAUCCUGUUCAAGACACCGACAGAUGGAUUGACAAUGAAGGAGUCGUAUGAGGUGAACUCUAGGGGAUUGAAGAUUUUCUCUAAGAGUUGGCUUCCGGAGACGUCUAGCCCCAAGGCAAUAGUGUGUUUUUGUCAUGGUUAUGGUGACACAUGCACGUUUUUCUUCGAAGGAAUUGCAAGGAAGUUGGCAUCAUAUGGAUUUGGAGUUUUUGCAAUGGAUUAUCCAGGAUUUGGUCUCUCUGAAGGUCUUCAUUGCUUUAUCCCAAGCUUUGAUCAGCUUGUGGACGAUGUCAUUGAGCAUUACUCGAAAGUCAAAGAGAACCCAGAGUUCCAUUCUCUUCCAAGCUUCCUCUUUGGACAGUCUAUGGGCGGAGCUGUGACUCUGAAGAUGCACCUAAAGCAACCAAAUGCAUGGACUGGUGCAGUUCUUGUUGCACCGAUGUGUAAAAUUGCAGAUGACAUGGUUCCACCAUUGCUGUUAAAGCAGAUCCUGAUUGGUCUUGCUAAAAUUUUUCCAAAGAUGAAAUUAGUGCCACAAAAGGAUUUGGCUGAGGCUGCAUUUAGAGACUUGAAGAAGAGAGAAAUGACAGCCUACAAUGUCAUUGCUUACAAGGAUAAACCACGGUUACGGACUGCACUAGAAAUGCUGAAAACCACACAAGAGAUAGAACGUUGGUUGGAACAAGUUUCCCUGCCGUUAUUAAUCUUGCAUGGUGAGGCAGACAUUGUAACUGACGCGUCUGUGAGCAAGGCCUUGUAUGACAAGGCUAGCAGUUUAGACAAGAAGCUUAACCUUUACAAGGAUGCUUAUCAUUCGCUUCUUGAGGGUGAGCCUGAUGAAAUGAUAAUUCGAGUUUUCAACGACAUUGUUUCGUGGCUUGAUGAGCAUAGCGCAAAAAGUGUGGGCAGCUGACUUCUUUCUCGAUCUUUUUGCAUGCAUGGAUGUGUACAGAAAAGCACAUUCGCUUCAAAGUUUGCAAUUGCAUAUACAAAUCAUCAAGUGUGUGACAUUUGCGAGCCAUAUUUUUUGUAUUGUUUUCUAAUUUAUAAUCAUUUUUCCGAAAAAUAAUUGCUGAAGCUUUUUGAUAACUUGAACUUCAGCUUUGAUAUUGGAAUAGUCAACUGAUUAAUAAGGUAUUUGGGAAGAGUUUAGCUUCUUCGUCUUCCUUGCAUUGCUUGUACAAACUCAGUUAUCUUAAUGAUGGUUCAGGCUUGAAUCAAGACA